GCGAGUGAAGGCGAGCGUCCGUCGGGACUCAUGAGGAGUUGAGGGGGAAGACGAGCGCGGCGCUGAAGCGGGUCCGAGUCUGCGCCUCAGCUGGUCCGGGCGGUCGGCGUGUGGAGAGACCGGGGGGAGGAUGGUGUCGCAGUCAUGGCUUUCUUAAAGAUUAGCGAACGGUGCAAAGAGAGAUUUUCUUUGCUGUUGCUGGACUUGGAGGAAUACUAUUUUGAACAGCACGUUGCACAGCAUCUGACCGCCACCUCAACCAAGGACAGAAAAGUCAGAGGAUCAUUUAAGGUGUGCUCCAAAUCCAUCAUAUUUGAUCCAGAAGAUAUCGGGGAGCCCAUCUUAAAGAUUCCUCUCAGAGACUGUAAGAAGAUUGAGCUCGUGGAGGAGAAGAACAAUCCUUUCCAUGAGACCAGGCCACCUAACAUCUCUAUUUUAUGUGGACAGGUCUAUUACAUCAAAGAGAACAACAUCAUCGCACCUUAUGGAAGUGAAAGGGGAGAAAAGAGAUUCACCUUUCAGCUGGAAGUUUGGAGUAAAACUGAAGAUGUUGUCCAAAUAUUACUACAGCUCCACAGGGCGUCCUGUCUGGACAGACUUGGAGACCAGACUGCGAUGAUUGCAGCAAAUUUACAAUCACGCCUGGCAAGAUCCUCAUUUGAUAAAAACGGUUUUCAGAGUGUUGCAGAGAAGCCACACAUGGAGUGUGAGGUGGAGAUGGUCAUGCCGCUGGUGUCGAAUCCGGGCCAUGUUUGCAUAACUGAUGAAAACCUGUACUUUCAACCACUCAAUGGUUACCCGGAGCAGGUGAUUCAAAUCAAACUCCACAAAGUGAGACGGAUCUACAAAAGACGACAUGGACUCCGACCACUGGGCCUUGAGGUGUUCUGCACCGAGAACGACUCUUGCUCCGACAUCUACCUGAAGUUUUACAACACGGCGGACCGAGAUGAGAUCUACUACUUCAUCGCCACUUUCCUGGAGAACCACGUGACGGAGCACACCGCGGAGAGCUACAUGCUGCAGUGGCAGCGCGGUCACAUCAGCAACUAUCAGUACCUGCUGCACCUCAACAACCUGGCCGACCGGAGCUGCAACGACCUGUCGCAGUACCCUGUCUUCCCCUGGGUCAUCGCCGACUACACCAGCACACAGCUCGAUCUGAUGAACGCUGCUACAUUCAGAGACUUGAGCAAGCCCGUGGGAGCUCUGAACGCAGAGCGACUGGAGAGGCUGCUGGCCCGCUACCGAGGGAUGCCCGAACCUCGUUUCAUGUACGGCAGUCACUACUCAUCUCCAGGCUAUGUCCUGUUCUACCUGGUCAGGAUGGCUCCAGAACACAUGCUGUGUCUCCAGAAUGGCCGCUAUGACAACGCAGACCGGAUGUUUAACAGCAUUGCAGAGACGUGGAAGAAUUGCUUAGAGGGUGCAACUGACUUCAAGGAGUUGAUUCCAGAGUUUUACGGAAAUGAGCCACGGUUCCUGGAAAACGUAAUGAAUCUCGAUCUGGGAAGACGGCAGAAUGGAAGCUUUGUCAGCGACGUUGCACUGCCACCAUGGGCCUCAGAUGCAAGUGAUUUUCUGCAGAAAAAUAGGAUGGCAUUGGAGGGUCAAUAUGUGUCUGAACACCUUCAUGAAUGGAUUGAUCUGGUGUUUGGCUUCAAACAGAAGGGAAGCGAAGCUGUUGCAGCCCACAACGUCUUUCAUCCAUUGACGUAUGAGGGGUGCAUCGACUAUGACAGCGUCGAGGAUCCCGACCAAAGAAUCGCCAUGUUGUGUCAAAUUCUGGAGUUUGGUCAGACGCCCAAACAGCUGUUCACCAGCCCGCACCCCCAGAGGAUCACACCCAGGUUCCACAACAUAACUCCAAGCCCCAGCAUCAACACAGCCAUCAGUGAGCUGUCUCCAGGUUCCCCCACAGAGGACUCCUCCUUUGAAGACCUGACUGAAGAGAGCAGAAAAAUGGCCUGGGCAAACAUGGGCAACCUGAAAAUCCUGACCAGCCACAAAAUCCAUAAAGAGGCUGUGACUGGCAUCGCUGUGACUCGAGAUGGAGCCGCCAUAUUCUCCACAUCACAAGAUUCAACGCUGAAAAUGUUUUCUAAAGAUUUAGCUGAUUUCCAGAGAAGCAUGUCUUUCUCCAACAUGGCGUUAUCAUCGUGUCUCAUGCUUCCAGAUGAUAAAACUGUGGUGUGUUCGUCAUGGGACAACAACGUAUAUUUCUACUCCAUACCCUAUGGCAGGCGCCAGGACACGCUAAUGGGCCAUGAUGAUGCUGUUAGCGAGAUGUGUUGGCACGGCGACCGGCUGUACACCGCAUCCUGGGAUUCCACUGUCAAGGUUUGGAAAUGUGCGUCUGACGUCAUGUCGAGCCACAAGAGGUCUCAGUUUGAACUGCUGGCUGAGUUUGAACACGAUGCUGGGGUAAAUGCCCUGGGUCUGAAUCCAGGAGGCACUCUGCUGGUGACGGGAUGUAAAGAUGGAGCCGUCACCAUCUGGGACACCUUAAGCUGUGGAUUAAUGCAUCAAGUCCAAUGUCACUCCGGAACAAUCCAUCACGUCGCCUUUAGCUCCGACAGCAGGCACAUUCUGAGCACGAGUGCCGACUCCUACCUGAAGGUGGUUGACGUUCAGACGGGCAUGUUGAUCUCCUCCGUGAAAGCCGAGGAAGAGCAGCGGUGUUUCUGCUGGGACGGGAACACGGUGCUCAGUGGGGGCCAGUCUGGGGACCUCCUGCUGUGGGACCUCCUCAGCAGCUCAGUAAUGAAAAGGAUCCCUGGACAUUCAGGGCCCGUAACGGCCAUGUGGAUGAACGAGCAGUGCAACACAGUCAUCACAGGAGGAGAGGACAGACAGAUCAUCUUAUGGAAAUCGUGUUCUUAAGGCCGACGUGGUCUUCGUUUCUACAGGACAAGACGUCCCUUGCCUGAACGGACCGGGCAGAGUUCGGUCACCCACCCAGAGACUCGCUGAACACGUGUUCAGGGUGCAGUCGUACUGUCGACACAGACAGCGCGGUACAACCUGAACCUGUUGGAAAGAGAUGGCCGUCCGUGUCAGCAGGGGCUCAACCAGAAACCGGAGAGAGUUUGGGCAGGUAGCACAAACAGCGUGUCCAUUUUUUUUCCAGCAUGUUGUCCCACUUGGAUGUGGGUUUCGCUCAUCAUGUUACGCUGCUUUUUUUUUCCUUUCUUUUUUUUUUAAGAGCAACCAUGUUCCAGUCGAUCCAUCUUUGUUUUGCUGUUUUAUUGUAUGAAGUGUACCGUGUGGCUCUUACGUCUCUUCUUGCCGCAGUCAAAUUUGAAAUGACCAAUAACAUCGACCGCUAAACUCAACUCUGGGGACUAUUUUGUUACCGUUACACCUAAAUUAGUGUUUAUGAUGGUGUUCAGAAUCUUGCUUGCCGGUGAAUAUGUUGGACAUAUAGCCGGGUAACUCCCUACGUCAGUUAUUUGUGAGUAGAUGGCGUAUGAGUCCUACACACCGCGUUGUGGAGUAAAAGCGUUACACGACCGAGCCGGGUUGAGCUGUGACGGCCGAGUCGGUUCAUAGAUAUCGUCUAUCGUACAGACUGGUCAGAUGCGCUUCUGUGUGGAGAGAUGUUCACUUUUACAGGCGCUGUGGCAGCACGUGGCCGUAGAAAACCAAAGACCCAAAGGUGAAAUGAAGAAGUACAUCACAUGUCCUCUUCAUGUAGAGAUGAGAUGUUAACUCUAAUACUCAAAUGGGACUAUUUUUAACAAAUAUAUAUAUAUUUAGGGUUGUUAAUUACUAUUAUAACUCAAUAUGCCUGUUAGCAUGUGAAUUUUUUUCAGAUAUACUGGGAUAUCUAAUCCAUCCAUAGAUCCAGCUCUAACUUAGAAACUGCUUCACUUUAUUGUUUACAGUAUUGUUUACGGUAUUGUUUACGGUAUUGUUUUCUUGCUCUGAUUCUUCCUCUCAGCGGCAGCUUCUGGGGAUAUUUCAUUUCAAAUCGUGCUGAGAGAAAAGUGUGUCUCCGCUGAGGAACGUGACACUAUAUACCACCAGCCUUAAUAAAUAUGAAAUCUAACAGA